AGCGGGUUUCGUGGAGCGGAGGCCCGUCUGUGGAGAGACUGAAUUCUCAAGACUGAUCUUGUCUGAGGAAGAAGGAGGAAGGGAGGAGUCAGGCAUGGCUGUUUGUCAGGGAUGGUUGACCUUCAGGGACGUGGCCAUAGAAUUCUCUGAGGAGGAGUGGGAGUGCCUGGACCCUGCUCAGAGGGCCUUGUACAGGGACGUGAUGUUGGAGAAUUAUAGGAACCUGGUCUCUCUGGCUAUCACUCCCAAAUGUAUGAUCAAGGAAUUACCACCAAAAGACAACAGUAACAUAGGGGAAGUAUUGCAGGCAGUUAUAUUGGAAAGACAUAAAAGCUGUGACAUGGAAGAUUAUAUCUUCAGAGCAAUCCAGAAAAAUAUUCAUGACUUUGAGUGUCAGUGGAGAGAUGGUGAUAGAAAUUACAAAGCAGUGCUUGUGACCCUUAACAAAAAUCUCACUGGUGGAAGAGUUCAAUGUGGUAGAAGAGAUGAAGGAAAUAAGCCAAUGGAAAACAGGUUUGGACUAAGCUUCCAGUCACAUCUGACUGGAGUGCAAGUACUUCAAACUGAAGGGAAAAUAUAUGAAUGUCACCAAGUUGAGAAGUCUGUCAGCAAUGGUUCUUCCAUUUCACUACGUCCAAGAAUUAUUCCUAGUGUCCAAACCAACAUUUCUAAUGAACAUGGGAAUGAUUUCUUGCAUUCUGCAUUACUCACACCAGACCAGAAAGCACACAUUAAGGAAAAACCUUAUGAACAUGAUGAGUGUGACAAAGCAGUUAAUCCCAGUUUACACCUCAGUAGACUUCAGAUGAUCCAUACAGGAGAGAAACCAUAUAAAUGUGAUGUAUGUGGGAAAGUCUUCAGUCACAACUCACACCUUGCAUGUCAUCGAAGAAUCCACACUGGAGAGAAACCUUACAAAUGCAUUGAAUGUGGCAAGGUUUUCAGUCGCAAUUCACACCUUGUACGUCAUCACAAAAUUCAUACUGGAGAGAAACCUUACCACUGCAAUGAGUGUGGCAAAGCCUUUAGUGAGUGUUCAGGUCUUACUAACCAUCAAGUAAUCCAUACUGGAGAGAAACCUUACAAAUGUAAUGAAUGUUGCAAGGUCUUCAGUCAGAGUUCAGGCCUUGCAAGUCACCGAAGAAUUCAUACUGGAGAGAAACCGUACAAAUGUAAUGAGUGUGGCAAAGCCUUUACGUAUAGCUCACAACUCACUAACCACCAGGUAAUCCAUACUGGUGUGAAACCUUACAAAUGUAAUGAGUGUGGCAAAGCCUUUAAUCAGAGCUCACAUCUCACUAGACAUCAGAUAAUCCACACAGGAGAGAAACAUUACAAGUGUGAUGAAUGUGGGAAAGUCUUUAGUUACGAUUCACACCUUGCACGUCAUCGCAGGAUUCAUUCUGGAGAGAAACCUUACCAGUGUAAUGAGUGUGGCAGAGCCUUUAGUAUGUAUUCAAGCCUUACUUAUCAUCAGGUAAUCCACACUAGAGAGAAACCUUACAAAUGUAAUGAAUGUGGCAAGGUCUUCAGUCAGAGUUCAAGCCUUCCUAGUCAUCGGAGAAUUCAUACUGGAGAGAAACCAUACAAAUGUAAUCAGUGUGGCAGAUCAUUUAUUCAACGCUCAAACCUCACUAGACAUCAGAUGAUUCAUACUGGAGAGAAACCAUAUAAAUGUAAUGUAUGUGGGAAAGUCUUCACUCAAAAUUCAAGCCUUGCAAGUCAUCUGAGAAUUCAUACUGGGGAGUAACAAAUGUAGUGAAUGUGACAAAGCCUUUAUUAUAAUUUCAAGCAUGAAUUGACAUUAGAGAGUCUACACUGAA